AUGAAAUUGAUAACACAUCCACCUAAGCAUCUUCCACCUCAACGAUCUGUGAUUCUCAAAUGGGUAAAAAAUACAAUUUCAAGCGAUGAAGUUAAAGAUGAAUUAGCAUCCAGAUUCAAAUCAAUAUAUGCACUAGAGGAUAUUAUCGGUACUUCGAAUACACGUAACAGGCACAUUAGAAUUGAUUUGGGCGAUGAAACUGAAUAUAAUACAAUGUUGAACAGUGGAAAAGUAACAAUUUUUGGCCAGCUACUCGACUGUGAUGAAUAUUUACCCGCACCGAAACUGUUAAUUUGUUCCAAGUGCAAUCUGCCGGGUCAUAUUAAAAAGAUAUGUUCAAAUUCACAGGUAGAAAUGUGCAGAAGGUGUGGAAAAAACAGAAAUGAUGGUGAAAAUCAUAAAAUGUGUGAAAUAAAAUGUCAUCAUUGCGGUGGAAUUCAUACAUCUACCGAUUACAUAUGUCCAGUUAUUCAGAAAUAUCGUCGAGAAUUGGUGCUUGAGUUACGAAGUCGUCCUGAUCUUUUACCGGCACAAGCCCAGUUGUUUAUUCCCCCUGAAUGUCGUGAGCCUGAGCAAAGAACUAGAGUGUUAGAAAAUAAAGCAGCUCAACACGAGCAACAAUUGAAAAUCAAUCAACAGCCGCAACGUUCAUGCAUUAAAUUCAAUUAUUCUAAUCAAAAUCAAUGGCCUUCAUUACCUUCUUCAUUAUCUUCACACGCAACCGUUGUGUGUGAAGAUAAUGUUAUGUGA